AACAAAUUAAUAUUUUACGUCAAUAACAUAAUUAAUAACCCGGUAAUACAAUGAGCUUCGAAUCCGACGAAGUUGACGAGGACAUUCGUGCUCUAAUUUCGGAGUCCGUCGACUUGGCAGACGAACUGUUCGGAGUAACCGUCCAGGAAGAGUUGAACAAAACAAAAACCGCCAUCCUGAAAGAGUUGGAGAGUGAAGGGGAAAAUUACGCCCGGCAGAUAGCGAACUACACCAACAGACUGCAACGGUUGGAACUGCUGGAACAAGGUAUCCUCCAUCGGCUGAACAUCUGCAGCUCGCUCUCGAAGGAAUUCGAUCAGUUGACCGAUUCAUAUCAAGCAAAACUUGCCCAGCUGAUGGAACUGCUGGACCAAAGUAUCACUUUCGAGUUUUCCAAGCUACUGGCGAAGGAUGUGUUCCAGAAGAUGUACGGAUUCAAAGAUGAGUUGGAUCAUCUGCAAGGGCAGCUGGGCGAAACGAACGGUUUGAUCAACAAGGAAGACAAUCAGGAGGUUGUGCAGACGCUAAGCCACCUCAAACGGAAAACGUCCAAGGUGCUGCAGGAUAUGGAAAAUCUACUGGGGUUAAAUAGCAUGCACAAACUUACAGUGGUCGGCUUUUCGAACAAAAUUUAUUACGAUGAGCAGAAGAGCAAUGCUGCUUAACAAAAAUUCUAAAAUGUACAUUACAUUAAAUUUCAUGAUA